UGAAUCUUCUAUCUGCCAUCCCAUUCUAUCCUCUCCCAAAAUAUGCAGCAGCUCAAUAGAUAAGGCCCCAAUAUAGAGCAGUGAUUUCAGUCUUCUUCGAGUCAUCACCAUGGAAGCCACUCUCCUCUCCUUCCCCUCCUCGAAACCCUCUCCUUGCCUACUUUCUUUCAGUCAGCAAUCAAUUCCUCUCUUACCCUCCUCUCUGUCUAAACCCAGAACUCAUUUCCCUUGCACAAUCAGAGCCGCCAUUUCUCGAACCAAGAAAGAAGAGACUGUCGAUACAGUCAAGACCCAUCUCGAAAAUUGCCAUCUUUUGGCUGGAAUCAGGUACACCGGCUUCACAGUCAAGCAAUUCCAGGACCUCCGGCGAUCCCUGCCCGAGUACACCAAGCUUUUGGUUGCUAAGAACACUUUAGUCCUCAAAGCAAUUGAGGGUACCAAGUGGGAGUCUAUCAAGCCGUGUAUGAAGGGCAUGACCGCUUGGCUUUUUGUCCACACAGAGGAGAUUCCGACGGCGUUAAAGCCGUAUAGGGACUUCCAGAGGGAGAGGAAAUUGGAUGGGAAUGAUUUUACUGGCGCGGUUUUUGAAGGAAAGUAUUAUGGGCCUGAUGAAUUUAAGGCACUCGAGACAAUGCCUACAAGAGCAGAGAUUUAUGCUAAGCUUUUGGGGGCAUUGCAGAGUCCCGCGAUGGGGCUUGUGGGAACGUUGCAGGCGCCGGCGAGGGAUGUGGUCUUGGUGUUGAAAGCGUAUGUGAAGAAGUUGGAGGAAGAAAGCGGUGGUGGAGGGCAGUAGAGGGACUUGCUUGUAGCUUCUGGCAUCGAAAAUUUAAAUUGGUAUGGGCAUCGUACUCUUUUACAGGCAAGCUAUGUCUAUCAAUGAUAUCUACUUCGUCACAGCGAAAAGAAAACUUGAUCCCCCGAUUGGAAAUGUGCUAAGGUUACGUUUUAGUUGGAGAUGAUAUUAGGUUGUAGUUGUAUCUUUCUUGAACUAGAUAAAGGAAUAGAAAGACAUGUAUUUCCCAUCUUGCGUAGGGAGAAGUAUAGAAGUGCAAUACCUUGUAAUUCUUCGUUAGCUAAGGAGAAUGUUGAAGUUUCAUUGGCUUGAGUAGAUUAUAAAUUCUGACGUGCAUAUUGAUAACUAGCACCUUACAGCGAAACAUCGGCGCACUCGCUUGCAAGUGUUUUGGAUUAGUUGAAGCUUGUUGACAACAUUGAAAGGAAUAGAAAUACAUGUAUUUCCCA